CGCUGCGGCUCGAGCCUCCGCCCCGCGCGCUCGUCUCCGCGCCGCCGCCGCCGCUGCUGCACCUGCCACCAUGUCGCCGCCGCCGGGUCAUGUCUGACUCUCUCUGGACUGCGCUUUCUAAUUUCUCGAUGCCCUCCUUCCCUGGCGGCAGUAUGUUCCGCCGCACCAAGAGCUGCCGUACCAGUAACCGGAAGAGCCUCAUUCUGACCAGCACUUCGCCCACGCUGCCACGACCCCAUUCUCCACUACCAGGCCACCUGGGUAGCAGUCCCCUGGACAGCCCCCGAAACUUCUCUCCAAACACCCCCGCCCACUUCUCGUUUGCUUCCUCCCGAAGGGCGGAUGGACGCCGCUGGUCGCUGGCUUCACUGCCUUCCUCCGGCUAUGGCACCAACACGCCCAGCUCCACGGUCUCGUCCUCCUGCUCGUCCCAAGAGCGCCUGCACCAGCUGCCCUACCAGCCCACUGUGGACGAGCUGCACUUCCUCUCCAAGCAUUUCGGCAGCACCGAGAGCAUCACGGACGAGGAUGGGGGCCGCCGCUCCCCGGCCGUGCGGCCGCGCUCCCGGAGUCUCAGCCCCGGGCGUUCACCCUCCUCCUACGACAACGAGAUCGUGAUGAUGAACCACGUGUACAAGGAGCGGUUCCCCAAGGCCACCGCGCAGAUGGAGGAGAAACUACGUGACUUCGCCCGAGCCUAUGAGCCGGACAGCGUGCUGCCGCUGGCCGACGGCGUGCUCAGCUUCAUCCACCACCAGAUCAUCGAGCUGGCUCGCGACUGCCUCGCCAAGUCCCGCGACGGUCUCAUCACCACCGUCUACUUCUACGAGCUGCAGGAGAACCUGGAAAAGCUGCUGCAGGAUGCCUAUGAACGCUCGGAGAGCCUGGAGGUGGCCUUUGUCACUCAGCUGGUCAAGAAGCUGCUGAUCAUUAUCUCGAGGCCAGCACGGCUGCUGGAGUGCCUGGAAUUCAACCCCGAGGAGUUUUACCACCUGCUGGAAGCCGCUGAGGGCCAUGCCAAGGAAGGCCACCUGGUGAAGACGGACAUUCCCCGCUACAUCAUCCGCCAGCUGGGCCUUACCCGGGACCCCUUCCCAGAUGUGACGCAUCUGGAGGAGCAGGACAGCGGUGGCUCCAACACGCCUGAACAGGAUGACCUGUCGGAGGGCCACAGCACCACCCGCAAGGCAAAAAAGCCCCCAGGAGAGACCGACUUUGACACAAUCAAGCUCAUCAGCAAUGGCGCCUACGGUGCCGUCUACCUGGUGCGCCACCGCGACACGCGGCAGCGCUUCGCCAUGAAGAAGAUCAACAAGCAGAACCUGAUUCUGCGGAACCAGAUCCAGCAGGCGUUCGUGGAGCGCGACAUCCUCACCUUCGCCGAGAACCCCUUCGUGGUCAGCAUGUUCUGCUCCUUCGAGACGCGCCGCCACCUCUGCAUGGUCAUGGAGUAUGUGGAAGGGGGAGACUGUGCCACACUGCUAAAGAACAUCGGGGCACUUCCCGUGGAGAUGGCGCGCCUGUACUUUGCCGAGACAGUGCUGGCACUCGAGUACCUGCACAACUACGGAAUCGUGCACCGGGACCUCAAGCCUGACAACCUCCUCAUCACCUCCAUGGGCCACGUCAAACUCACCGACUUUGGGCUCUCCAAGAUGGGACUGAUGAGUCUCACUGCCAACCUGUAUGAGGGCCACAUAGAGAAGGAUGCUCGGGAGUUCCUGGACAAACAGGUAUGCGGGACCCCUGAGUACAUCGCGCCCGAGGUCAUCCUGCGCCAAGGUUACGGCAAGCCGGUGGACUGGUGGGCGAUGGGCAUCAUUCUCUACGAGUUCCUGGUGGGCUGCGUGCCCUUCUUCGGAGACACGCCCGAGGAGCUCUUUGGACAGGUUAUCAGUGAUGACAUCCUGUGGCCCGAGGGGGAUGAGGCCCUGCCCACGGACGCCCAGCUUCUGAUUUCCAGCCUUCUGCAGACCAACCCGUUGGUCCGGCUUGGAGCAGGUGGUGCCUUCGAGGUCAAACAGCACAGUUUCUUCCGAGACCUGGACUGGACUGGGCUGCUGAGGCAGAAGGCGGAAUUCAUCCCGCACCUGGAGUCGGAGGAUGACACCAGCUACUUUGACACCCGCUCGGACAGGUAUCACCACGUGAACUCCUACGACGAGGACGACACCACGGAGGAGGAGCCCGUGGAGAUUCGCCAGUUCUCAUCCUGCUCCCCACGCUUCAGCAAGGUCUAUAGCAGCAUGGAGCAGCUGUCGCAGCACGAGCCCAAGACCCCCGUGACAAGCGCCGGCAAACGGGAGCCGGGCGCCAAGGGCCCAGAGGACAAGGUGGCCGGCAAGCGGGAGGGCCUGGGCGGCCUGACCCUACGCGAAAAGACCUGGAGAGGGGGCUCCCCUGAGAUCAAGCGCUUCUCAGCAUCGGAAGCCAGCUUCUUGGAGGGGGAGGCCAGUCCCCCGCUGGGAGCGCGCCGCAGGUUCUCGGCGCUGCUGGAGCCCAGCCGCUUCAGCGCCCCCCAAGAGGAUGAGGAUGAGGUCCGGCUGCGCAGGCCUCCCCGGCCGAGUUCCGAUCCCCCAGGCUCACUGGAUGCGCGGGUGUCCAAAGAGGCCGCUCAAGGGGAUGGCACCCCCAGCGCCGGGGACCCGGAGGCCACUGACCGCCCCGGCGAUCUCGGCCCCGCCUCGAAGGAUGCAGACCCAUCGGUCCCCAGAGCCACCAAUGACUUGGUUCUGCGUCGGGCGCGGCACCAGCAGCUGUCGGGGGACCCCGCGGGAGAAAAACGACCCUCUCGGACCGGGGGCAAAGUCAUCAAGUCAGCCUCGGCCACAGCUCUGUCUGUCAUGAUUCCUGCAGUGGAUCCACAUGGAAGCUCACCCCUGGCCAGUCCCAUGUCCCCUCGAUCCCUCUCCUCGAAUCCAUCCUCCCGGGACUCUUCACCCAGCCGGGACUACUCGCCAGCCGUCAGCGGGCUCCGCUCCCCCAUCACCAUUCAACGCUCGGGCAAGAAGUACGGCUUUACCCUGCGCGCCAUCCGCGUCUACAUGGGUGACUCCGAUGUCUACAGCGUCCACCAUAUUGUCUGGCACGUGGAAGAGGGGGGUCCCGCCCAGGAGGCCGGACUCUGUGCCGGAGACCUGAUCACCCACGUGAACGGGGAGCCUGUGCACGGCAUGGUGCACCCUGAGGUGGUGGAGCUGAUCCUUAAGAGUGGCAACAAGGUAGCAGUGACCACAACGCCCUUCGAAAACACUUCCAUCCGCAUCGGGCCUGCGCGGCGUAGCAGCUACAAAGCCAAAAUGGCUCGGAGGAAUAAGCGGCCUUCAGCUAAAGAGGGCCAGGAGAGCAAGAAGCGCAGCUCCCUCUUCCGGAAGAUCACCAAGCAGUCGAACCUGCUGCACACUAGUCGCUCGCUGUCAUCGCUGAACCGGUCGCUGUCGUCCAGCGACAGCCUUCCAGGCUCGCCCACGCAUGGGCUGCCUGCGCGCUCACCCACGCACAGCUACCGCUCCACGCCCGACUCGGCCUACCUGGGCGCCUCGUCCCAGAGCAGCUCUCCGGCCUCCAGCACGCCCAACUCGCCCGCGUCGUCCGCCUCACACCACAUCCGGCCCAGCACACUGCACGGCCUGUCGCCCAAGCUGCACCGCCAGUACCGCUCGGCGCGCUGCAAGUCGGCGGGCAACAUCCCGCUGUCGCCACUGGCCCACACGCCGUCGCCCACGCAGGCCUCGCCGCCGCCCCUGCCCGGCCACACGGUGGGCAGCUCGCACACGACGCAGAGCUUCCCCGCCAAGCUGCAUUCGUCCCCGCCCGUGGUGCGCCCGCGCCCCAAGAGCGCCGAGCCGCCGCGCUCCCCGCUGCUCAAGCGCGUGCAGUCGGCGGAGAAGCUGGGCGCCUCGCUGGGAGCCGACAAGAAGGGCGCGCUGCGCAAGCACAGCCUGGAGGUGGGCCACCCCGACUUCCGAAAGGACUUCCACGGCGAGCUGGCCCUGCAUAGCCUGGCGGAGUCGGACGGCGAGACGCCCCCCAUCGAAGGGCCUGGCGCCUCUCGCCAGGUGGCUGUCCGCCGCCUGGGCCGCCAGGAGUCGCCCCUGAGCCUGGGCACGGACCCGCUGCUGCCCGAUGGCGCCCCCAGGCCGCCCUUGUCCUGCAAGGAGAAGGAGUCUCCCGGGGGCGUGGAGGCCUGCACCCCGCCCCGCGCCACCACUCUGGGGGGCCGGACCCUGGAUCGGGACCCCAGCUGCACGCGGCAUCAGAGCGUGCAGACGGAGGAAGGGCCGGGAGGCCUGAGCAGGGCCGUGGCCAAGGCGGCGCUGAGCCCGGUGCAGGAGCAUGAAACGGGUCGGCGCAGCAGCUCUGGCGAGGCGGCUCCACCCUCGGUGCCCAUCGUGGUGGAACCAGUGAAGCCGGGGCCCAAGGCUAAGGCCCCUCAGCCCCCCGGUGCAGACUCCAAGGGGGCCCAGGAAUUUGCUGCCCAGCCGUGCCCUGCACCAGAGGUCACGCGGGGCCACGAGCGCUGGGUGCUGGAGGUGGUGGAGGAGCGGACGACGCUGAGCGGGCCUCGCUCCAAGCCUGCCUCCCCCAAACUCUCCCCAGACCCCCAGGCUCCAUCCAUAAAUCCCACCAAGAAUAUGCCCAGUGGAGGCGGCUCACAAGCCCCACCGGCUUCCCUCCCGGUCCAGGCCAGCAAGCCUGAAGCAGGCUUGACCUCUCGCUGUCCUGCUGAAACCGUGCACACAGCAGUAGGGUUCCCUAAAAAAGGGGUGCCCUGCCCCACACCCCCAGGCCCCUAGCCCCGAGGGCCCUAUG